AAACAACGAUUUUUAGUCGAAAAAGCUGAACAAAGUCGUCAAGCAAAUGUUAUUGGAGUAGAAGGUGAUGCUCGUACAGCUGAUUUAAUUGGCAAAGCUUUAGAUGAAGCUGGUGGUGAUUUGAUCGAACUUCGACGAAUUGAAGCCGCUGAUGGUAUUGCAAAUCAAUUAUCAAAAUCAAGAAAUAGCGUCUAUUUACCACAUGGUCCUCAAAUGUUACUUAACAUUACUGAUGCUAUGCAAUAA